AUGUUUCAUUUAAUAGGACAGAUAAUUGAAAUGGCAUUAGAAAACAAACUGAAAGACACAAAAAAACUGUAUGAAUCCUUCAGUUUAGUUGGUUCACUAACUUUGGCCCUUUCAUUACCAUGGAUAAUUUUCAGAGUGUUCAAGGCACUGUACUUACAAAAAGGAUUCAAUGAACUGUUUGGGAAGGUGGUUGUUAUAACAGGUGCCAGUUCAGGUAUAGGAGAAGCACUUGCACAUGGGUUCUAUAAACAAGGAUGCCAGGUAGUCUUAUGUGCAAGACGACGCCAAGAAUUAGAAAGAGUUAGAAGUGACUUAUUACAUUCCCAUAGGACUGUUCAAACUCAUCCCCCUGUUAUCAUACCUCUAGAUUUAGCUGACAUAAAUACUUUGAAAGAUCAAGUAACAAAGAUCAUGUCUAUAACAGGAAAAAUAGAUAUAUUGGUGAAUAAUGGAGGAGUAUCUCAUAGAGGUACAGUACUCUCUACCAGCUAUGAGGUUGAUAUGAACAUAAUGAUGGUGAAUUAUUUUGGCUCUGUAGCUCUGACUAAAGCUGUUUUACCUGACAUGAUCAAAAGGAAACAAGGUCACAUCAUUUUUGUAAGCUCCAUACAAGGACUAGUAUCUUUACCUGAAAGAUCAGCUUAUAGUGCUUCUAAACAUGCCCUGCAAGCUUUCAGUGAUAGUCUGAGAGCAGAAGUUACUUCUAGUAAUAUUUUUGUCACUGUUGCAAGUCCAGGUUAUGUUAAAACAAACCUAUCUUUGAAUGCUCUGACUGGAUCAGGAAGUACUUAUGGAAAAAUGGACCAUACUACAGAAACUGGCUACAGUUCUAAAUUUGUGGCAAUGCAGAUAAUCAAAGCAGUAGCUAUGAAGAAAAAUGAGGUAGUCAUAUCAACAUUACUACCAAAGAUGGCCAUAUAUUUGAGGAAAUACCUGCCAACAGUGUAUUUUUAUAUUAUGGCUCAAAGGGCUAAAAAGUCUAUGAAAAAUUGA